AUGGAGGCCUCCACCAGGGUGGUGGUAACUGGCACCGUAGGGGGAUCCGUCACUCUGCCUCUGCAGUGGCCAGCAGGACAGCAGGUGGAGAGCAUCUCCUGGACCACCCGCUCCAUCCCUGUGGCCCUCGCGGAGGUCACCCUGAUAGAAGCAGGACGACCAGACGUCUUUCACCAGGCAGAAACUCGGUACCAGGGCCGAGUGAGUGUCGUGGGCCCGGGCCACUCUCUACGGAUCAGCAACCUGAGCAAGGACGAUGCAGGUGCCUAUCGUGCCCACGUUAACCUGAGGGGCUCCCUCAUCACACACAUCCAGGAGUACAGUCUGCGAGUCUUUGAGCCGCUGGCCCGGCCCCGUGUCACCCUUAGGUCUAUGAUGGCUGAGAAUCAACACUGUACCUUCAUUCUCACGUGCGUGGCAGAGAGCAGAGGGGGCCCUGUGACCUACAGCUGGGUGCCCCUGGAGCCCUGGACCGUUGUGUCCCAUGGGGGGUCUGUCCUCAGUGUCUCCUUGAGGCCAGGAGACCGCGCACAGACGUUCACCUGUACGGUCAAGAACCCAGUCAGCAACAGCAGCUCCCACCCGGUCUCGGUGUCGCACUUCUGCGCAGGGUCAGGAACCACAGUGGGAGAGACAGUGAUUGGCACUCUUGGGGAGUCCAUCACUCUGCCGCUGGAGAUCCCGGCAGGGCAGGAGGUAGAAAAUGUCACGUGGCGCUCUCAAGGGAUUUUUGCAGUCUUGCGACCAGGACCAGCGGGCAAACCAGUCUUGGUUGCUAAGCCUCAUGGGCCCUAUGCCGGACGACUCCACAUCCCACAUCCUGGUUACUCUCUACAGAUUAGCUCCCUGAGGCUGGGGGACUCUGGCCUCUACACAGCCCAGAUAACCCUGAGCACUUCUCCAAUGAGCAUCAUCAAGGACUUCACCCUGCAUGUCUAUGAGAAGCUGCAGGAGCCCAAUAUCACUGCCAGCUCCAGGAACAGGAGUGACGGGACCUGCUUCAUCACCCUGCUGUGCUCUGUGGACCAGGCUGGAGAGAGUGUUCACUACAGUUGGGAUCCCCAUGGCCAGGGGGCAAUUGUGUCCCAUGGAGGGACCACUCUCCGCUUCUCCUGGAAGUCUGGGGAGAGUGACAGCUACCGCUGCACUGUCAGGAACCCUGUCAGCCAGAGAUCCCGCUCCAUCCUGGCCAGUCCCCUCUGCUCAGGCCUUGAAGAGAUGACGCAGAAGGAAGGCGAGGUCUGCAUCCAUUCUCAGCCAACAGGCUGGGAUGCAGCAUGA